AUGAUAUCGUAAAAAGAAAUAAAUUAAUAUAAACAUUAAACUUGUUUUCAAAUUUCAAGAUGAUCUUCGCCAUCUGACUUGAAUCAGUGAAACUAUACAUAGACGUAACCUCUAUCUGUAACAUAACAUAACCUCUGCGGUAUUGAUUAGAGAAUUUUAUUUACGUGUAAUAUAUUUUAGAUGUAUAUGUUUGAUGUUCUAAAAAGAUUUAUUAUUGUUGCAUGGAAAUUUUGAAUCUUUUUAACAGAACAAAAUGUCUACUCGUUGGUAAGUAUGUAUUAUCUUUACAAAAGAGUAAAACUGAAAAUACAUUGAAAAGAAUAAAUAACAAGAUCAAUUGUUUAACGAUUUUGUAUUUUAUUUUAUAUAUUAUUGCAUUUAUUGUCUUGUCUAUCAUUAUAGGUAUCCCUUGUAUCAGAAAGGUAACCCACAAUUAAGAGUAUUUCUUCCAAACUUUUGGUUGAAGCUUGUAAAACCAGAACAUAAUCAGCCAAAAAAUAUAAUAGAAUUUCACUGUUCAAUGGAAAUGACAAGGUUUGAUGUGAGGAAUUAUUUAGAAAAAAUUUAUAACGUACAUCCUGUGCAUGUGCAUAUCAGAAUUGCUCUUGGAAAAACUUAUAUCCCUCGUGGUUGUAAAUUUGUUGUUAAAGAUGAUGAUGUAAAAAUAGCUUAUGUAACUCUGCCUAAAACUGAAACAUUCACGUUCCCUAAUAUAAUUCCCAAAGAUGAAGAAGAUACAAAUGAAAAAAUAUUUAAAAAUUUAGAGAACAACUUUUAUGAAUUUUCAGAAAAGAACAAAACACCUGGUUUACCUUGCUGGUUUUCACACUCAUGAAUUUAUUAGCUUGGCAUAAAAAUAAAUGAUAUCUUAAUUAAACCAGUGUAUAUUCUUCCUUUUUUUUCAACAUCUAUCACAAAAAUUUAAUGCAGGUACUUAAUGAUUAAUCAGAAGUAGUUAAAAUGAAUGUAGGAUAUACAUAUGUAUGCACAUGUAGUUAUAUUGUCAAUGAUAAAAUAAAAAUUAUUUACAUAUUA